CCUAUCCUGCCCCCGGACCAUCCGCCACACGGGCCCAUCUGCACUGAUUGGGGCAUUGAAAACGCUGGAACUUGCAAGAUGAGCGGGCCCGCAAUUGGCAUCGAUUUGGGCACCACCUACAGCUGCGUUGGCCUGUGGCAGCACGACCGCGUGGAGAUCAUCCCCAACGAGCAGGGCAACCGCACCACGCCGUCGUAUGUGGCAUUCACCGACACCGAACGCCUUAUUGGCGACGCCGCCAAGAACCAGGUUGCGAUGAACCCCAUCAACACGGUGUUCGAUGCCAAGCGGCUCAUUGGACGCAAAUUCUCCGACCCCACCAUCCAGCACGAUGUCAGCCACUGGCCCUUCAAGGUGGUGGCUGGCCCUGGCGACAAGCCCAUGAUUCAGGUUGCCUACAAGGGGGAGGAGAAGACGUUUGCCCCAGAGGAGAUCAGCUCCAUGGUGCUGGUUAAGAUGAAGGAGAUUGCGCAGGCGUACGUCGGCGCGGACAAGGAAGUGAAGAAGGCGGUUGUGACGGUGCCCGCCUACUUCAAUGAUUCGCAGCGGCAGGCCACCAAGGACGCCGGCGUCAUUGCGGGACUGGAGGUGAUGCGCAUCAUCAACGAGCCCACUGCUGCCGCAAUCGCCUACGGCCUGGACAAGAAGGGCACCACCAGUGGCGAACAGAAUGUACUUAUUUUUGACCUGGGCGGUGGCACCUUUGAUGUGUCCCUGCUGACAAUUGAGGAGGGCAUCUUCGAGGUCAAGGCAACAGCUGGCGACACCCACCUUGGCGGCGAGGACUUUGACAACCGCCUGGUCAACUUCUUUGUGCAGGCAAGUUUCAAGCGGAAGCACCGCAAGGAUAUCAGCUCCAACCCCCGCGCCCUCCGCCGCCUGCGCACCUCCUGCGAGCGUGCCAAGCGCACGCUGUCCUCGUCCACCCAAGCAUCCAUUGAGAUUGAUUCUCUGUACGAGGGCAUUGACUUCUAUUCCUCCAUCACCCGUGCCCGCUUCGAGGAGCUGAACAUGGAUCUCUUCCGCAAGUGCAUGGAGCCUGUGGAAAAGGUGCUGCGCGAUGCCAAGAUGGACAAGGGGCAGGUGAAUGAGGUGGUUUUGGUUGGCGGCUCGACGCGCAUUCCCAAGGUGCAGCAACUGCUCCAGGAUUUUUUCAACGGCAAAGAGCUGUGCAAGUCUAUCAACCCAGAUGAGGCUGUGGCGUACGGCGCAGCUGUUCAGGCGGCCAUCCUGAAUGGCGAGACGCACGAGAAGGUGCAGGACCUGCUGCUGCUGGAUGUGAUCCCCCUGUCCCUCGGCUUGGAGACGGCAGGUGGUGUGAUGACGGUCUUGAUUGCGCGGAACACAACCAUUCCCACCAAGAAGGAGCAGGUCUUCUCCACCUACUCUGACAAUCAGCCUGGCGUACUGAUCCAGGUGUAUGAGGGCGAGCGCUCCCGCACCAAGGACAACAACCUGCUGGGCAAGUUUGAGCUGACGGGCAUCCCGCCUGCGCCCCGCGGCGUUCCACAGAUCAACGUCACGUUUGAUGUUGAUGCAAACGGCAUCCUGAACGUCUCUGCCGAGGACAAGACCACCGGCAACAAGAACAAGAUCACCAUCACCAACGACAAGGGGCGCCUUAGCAAGGACGAGAUUGAGCGGAUGGUGCAGGAGGCCGAGAAAUACAAGGCAGAGGAUGAGACUCAUCGUACUCGUGUCGAGGCUCGCAACGGCUUGGAAAAUGCGGCUUACGGGCUCCGGAACACCGUCAGGGACACCAACCUGGCCGACAAGCUGAGCGCUGAAGACAAGGAAGCGAUUGAGAAGGCUGUGGACAAGGUGGUGGACUGGCUGGACCACAACCAGCUGGCCGAGGAGGAGGAGAUCACCCACCAGCGUGAGGAGAUGGAGGCGGUGUGCAACCCCAUCAUCACAAAGCUCUACCAGGGCGCCCCCCCGCCGCCAGAGGCAGGCGGGGCCAGUGCCGGCGGUGCAGCAUCCGGCCCGGGCCCCAAGAUCGAGGAGGUGGACUGAGUCGUCUAGAGACAAUUAUUUUGGAGGUGCAGCCGGUGCGUUUCAAUCAUAACUCAUUUAGCUGUCUUGAUGUGCGUCGCUGCCAACAGCGCUGAAACAAAUUUAGAAAUGC